GUUUGUCACUUAUUUAUUCGUAGACUAAAUCGUUAACAUGCCUCCAAAAACUUCAGGAAAAGCUGCCAAAAAGGCCGGUAAGGCUAAAGCCGUUAGAACUGGCGACAAGAAAAGAAGACGUAAACGAAAGGAAAGCUACAGCAUCUACAUCUACAAGGUGUUGAAGCAAGUUCACCCAGACACUGGUAUCUCCAGCAGAGCUAUGGGAAUCAUGAACAGCUUCGUCAACGAUAUCUUCGAACGUAUUGCCGGUGAAGCAUCUCGUCUAGCUCACUACAAUAAGAAAUCCACCAUCACCAGCAGGGAAGUCCAGACCGCUGUCCGUCUUUUGCUGCCCGGUGAAUUGGCCAAACAUGCCGUGUCUGAAGGCACCAAGGCUGUUACCAAAUACACCAGCUCCAAGUAAACUUUACACUCUCAAACCAAACGGCUCUUUUCAGAGCCACCCAAAAGUUCAAAAAGAUUUGUGAAUUUCAGUGCCUGUCGUUUCCACUUGUGUUUUUCUUUGUGUUGAAGUACUGUAUAAGAAUUUAUCAAGCACGUACAUUUAGUCAAUUUUCAAUGAUAGGCCUCUAAGUAAAAUUGUAAGCAAUCUUGAUUUUGUGAACAUGCUCAAGUGUCUGUUUACCAAACCUGCCGCCCGCCAAUGAUGAUUUCGAAUAAAAGGAUUUUUUUUUAAAUUUUUGGCUAAUUACCCU